AUGCGGGAUCUUGUUUCAGGGGUUUUGACUGUUUCUCAGGCUGAGGAUUUCGGGAAGUACUUGGGAUUGCCAUCUGUUGUUGGCAGGAACAGGAGGGCGGUUUUUGCUUACAUUGAGCAAAAACUGAGACAGAGGUUCGGGUCAUGGAACAAGAGGUUGCUGUCUAAGGCUGGUAAGGAGGUUCUGUUGAAGAGUGUUGCACAGGCCAUGCCAACCUACACUAUGAGCAUCUACCUUAUCCCGAUCACUUUAUGUGCUUCAUUGGAGAGACUAAUGAACAGGUACUGGUGGGGGCAUGGUGGUCAGGGUAGCAGCAUACACUGGUUGGCCUGGGAUAGGAUGUGUAAACCCAAGAAGCAUGGUGGAAUGGGCUUUAAACGGUUACAUGAGUUUAAUUUAGCACUACUGGCUAAGCAGGGGUGGCGGCUCCUAACAAACCCCACUUCUUUAAUGGCUCGUGUUUUCAAAGCAAGGUAUUUCCCGACUACAUCUUUUUAUGAGGCUGUUAUGGGUGGUAACCCGAGCUAUGUUUGGAGAAGCAUUAUGGCUAGUCAAGAUUUAUUAAAAUCUGGAUGUAGGCGCAGGAUUGGUAAUGGAGCAUCUACACAGGUUUGGACGGCUCCUUGGCUCCCGGAUCACCAAAAUCCAUACAUUGAAACUGAUCAGGUGGAUCACGCCCACCCUAUGCGUGUUUCGGACCUGAUUGAUUCCCACACGGGAACCUGGAACCAUGAGAUCUUGCAUCACCUUUUUAAUCCGCGGGAUGUAGAUUUGAUUUUGCGUUUGCCGGUGUGUAUGGAGUAUGAAGAUAUAUGGAGGGUUGACAUUAUUAAUGUCUGCCCGUUAUGUGGCUUAGUAGAGGAGUGUGUCAUGCAUAUAUUCUGCUUGUGUCCUUAUGCUAUUAAUGUUUGGCAACUUUCUCAGUUUCAAAUUCCCCCUUUUGCCAACAGGAAUUUCAUACAGUGGACGGAGGAAUGGCUUGGUGGUACUACGGGUUUUACACGUGAGCAACAAUGGAAAAUUUGUGGCAUACUUCAUAGUAUUUGGACUGCCAGGAAUUCGGCUGUAUGGGAAUCUGCCGUGCCUCUGCCAACGAUGCUCAUUCGGCGAUGCUUGGCGAGUUGGACUUCAUGGGUGGAUAGCCAGCAACGGAUUUAUGGAGAGAACAGCACCCGGGCAGUGCAGUCUCAUGCAUCUGGUGAGACUUCGGCGCCCUCAAGCCGGUGUUUUGUUGAUGCCAGUUUCCACGGCCCCGAACGCUAUGCAGCAUUUGGAUUUGUGGUAUUGGAUGCUAAUUCUACCUUUGUGGCAGCGGCUAAUGGCCCAUUGUCGUGCCCAUAUGACCCCCUAUUGGCGGAAGCUAUGGCAAUGUGUGAAGCCCUCUCUUGGUUGAAGGAUAACGGAUACACAGGUGGCGAAAUCUAUACCGACUCAGCAGUUUUGGUCUUAUUUAUUAAUAGGGAGGCCAAUCAUGUGGCGCACUCCCUAUCUAAACAUGUAUCUGCUUUGGCAGAACGCUCAUUCUGGAGGGAUGUUCCACCUCCUUUUAUUCUGCCCCUAGUGGCUAAUGCAAUCUGA